GCGAUGGCGGUUAUCGGCAUUGCGGUGCCGCGCUGUGGGUGUGCGCAUGCGCGGCUGCGGAAUCGCGCGGGCCCCUCGAGCGCCAUGGCGGGAACGGCGCGCGGCGGCCGCGCGCUCGGAACCGGGCCCGGCCCGGCCUCAGAACGGCGGCACCGGGAACGGCCCGAACGGGAACGGCCCGAACGGGAACGGCCAGAACGGGAACGGCCCGAACGGGAACGGCCCGAACGGGAACGGCCGGAACGGGAACGGCCCGAACGGGAACGGCCCGAACGGGAACGGCCGGAACGGGAACGGCCCGAACGGGAACGGCCGGAACGGGAAUGGCCGGAACGGGAAUGGCCGGAACGGGAACGGCCCGAACGGGAAUGGCCGCACCGGGCGGGCGGCGCGGCCGCGACUCCGAGCGGGGCCUCGGCCUCGGGCCGCAGGAGCCCCGGCACAGGCGCCGGGGGCAGCAAGGGCUGGCCGAGCGGCAGCAGUGCCUUGUACUGCUCUUCCAGCAGCGAUGACGAAUUUGAGACGUUUUUAGCUAGACUGAAAACUCCCAAAUCUGUUUCUAAAAAGGCAGAUGCAAGUUUGAAAGACUUCAUUGAUGACUCGGAUGAUUUCUUCUUGGACUUGAAGGUGAAAAAGAGUACAACCAAGAGUGCACAGAAAGAUCUUCAGACCUCAAAAAAGCUGAUGACUCCUGGAAAGAGAAACACUUGCUGCCAAGAAUUGCAGUAUCCAGACUCUUCAAGUGACACUGAAGAUUCUGUCUUUGUAGACAGUCCAUGGCAUAACCUCCAAAAAGAUGGAGUGAAAGACUUGAAAGAGAGUCCGAAGUGCAUAAAUCCUUCACCUCCACAAAACCAGAAAGACUCAGUUUCCAAAGGCAGUCUAGAUUUGCUUGUUAGAAGGAAAGGAAGAAGCUGUGAAAAUACAGAAAAUAAAUUGCCAACUGUGGCACUAGGACAUGGUGCAGGGGUGGAAUCAGAGAGCUCAGAUGACAGUUUUGGAUCUUUAAUGGAACGGAUAAAGAAGCGAAGUCUACCCCGUAAACCAGUCUUAAGCACAAGUAGAACUAUCUUUCAGCCAAGCACAACAGAAAACAUCAAGCCACCCUGCAAAGAUGCACAGCCCGUGAAAGGGGAGGGAGUCAAAACACGAAAGCCAAAAUCCAUUUCACUUCAAGAAACACCUUCCAUGAUAACGACUCCUGCAAGAAUUCCUGGGAAUGACUCAGUCAGUUGCUCACAGUCAGCAAAGACAGAGAAAAUGCUCAGGGUAUGUUCAGUGCCUGGCUGUUUCUUGCAAGAUCUUUCAAAUCCAGCCUCCCACUAUGUGAAGUAUUUCAAGAAAAAUAAAGAGGAGCUGGCCCAGAAGCUCUACACGCUGUUUAAUAGUACUAUCUUUGAGCAGAAGCUACCAGAGAACAUGGUGAUAAUCUGGAAUAAGAAAAUGAGAAAAACUGCGGGGUACUGUGUAACGGGGCAGAGGGAAGGCCCUGAAGGGAAGCGUUACGCUCGCAUUGAACUCUCUGAGAAAGUCUGUGACUCUGCAGAUCGCCUUCGGGACACGCUGAUCCAUGAGGUUUGCCACGCAGCCACCUGGCUCAUCAACGGCAUUCGGGAUGGACACGGGCGGUUCUGGAGGUUCUAUGCCAACAAAUCAGCUGUAAUUCAUCCAGAACUGCCGGUGGUGACACGGUGCCACAGCUAUGAGAUUAAUUACAAAUUCACCUAUGAGUGUGUUCGCUGCAAAGCUACGAUCGGGCGGCACUCGCAGUCGCUGGACACGGCGCGGUUCGUGUGCGCCUUCUGCGGGGGGCAGCUGAGCCUGCGGCAGCCCGCGGGCAGGAGGGGCACCCCUGCCAGGACACAGCUCACGCCCUUUGCCAAGUAUGUGAAGGAAAACUAUGCACUUGCUAAGAGAGAGCAGCACGGGCUGAGUCAUGCAGAGGUCAUGAAGAAACUCAGUGCUGAUUUUGCUUUGAAAACCAAGCUGGAAGAUUCCUUUUAAUCUCAAUAUGCCUCUUUUCUUGGUGCCACUUGAUUUUGUAUACAGAGUAGUAAAAGUUCUGGGCAGCACUUACACAUAGCAUGUCUUCAGUGACUCCAGUGAGUAAGGGAUUUACUGUUUCAUCUGGGCAGCUGUUAAGCUGUAGACUCUGUGUGUGUGCUGAAGAACUGCUCUGUGUGCAUCGGGCUGGGAUUGCCAGAGGCAAGAUAGUCCAGGCCCACCAGUCCAAGUCCUCUGACUCUGAAUGACUCCAAGGCAGGAAAAGGGGCAUAUACCCGAGUUGGGCUUCAACAUGGGUUCAUGGUAGGUAGAUGAUGCCUUAAAUUAAUUUCUCCAAAGCCCUUUAGCCCUCAGUAAAUAGUGUACUUCUAUCACUGAGAUUUCAUAGAAACUAAAAUACAUGCAGAAGAUCAGGUUGGGGAAAGCAGAUUCAAACACUUUCCCCAAGAAUAAGAAGGUCUUGUCAUGGUUUAAGUCUUUCAUAUAAAAAGCAACCGAAUGAGUGUUAAUAGUGUUUGUGUCUUCUGUAAGCAAAUUGCUCAGGGGCUUAAUAAUUUUGAUAAUCAAUAAAUGCCAGUUUGAUACAAA